UUUCCCGUUCUUCUCCAAUCUCCGUGUUGUUGUUCCCGGUGACGCGGCGGAGGUGUAGCCUGACGCGGGCUCUUACGUGUCGGCCAGAAUAAAAGUGGAGCUCCGGAGGCCCGGGAGUGACGAAGGGAGCCUGUAUCGCUUAGCCGAUGAAGAUGGAGUCAGUGGAGGUUCAGCAGGGAGUGGAGACGGCUGUGACGGAGGCAGAAACCCAGCACAUCACCCAGGCACAGAUCGCUACUUUAGCACAGGUAACCAUGACAACAGGCCACGCCUCAGCAACAGGUCCCACAGUAACGCUGGUACAGCUUCCCAACGGACAGACGGUUCAGGUCCACGGAGUGAUCCAGGCUGCACAGCCGUCUGUUAUCCAGUCGCCACAGGUCCAGGCUGUGCAGAUCUCCACCAUAGCAGAAAGUGAGGAUUCACAGGAGUCAGUAGACAGUGUCACUGACUGUCAGAAGCGCAGAGAGAUUCUGUCACGACGCCCCUCUUACAGGAAAAUCUUGAACGACCUUUCGUCCGACGCACCGGCUGUCCCUCGUAUCGAGGAGGAAAGGGCUGAGGAGGAUUCCUCAGCUGCUGCCACACCUUCAAUCACCACUGUUACUGUGCCCACACCCAUCUACCAGACCAGCAGCGGACAAUACAUUGCAAUCACACAGGGAGGAGCCAUUCAGCUGGCCAAUAAUGGUACAGAUGGAGUCCAGGGCAUCCAGACUCUGACCAUGACCAACGCAGCAGCCGCCGCCCAGCCUGGAGCCACCAUCCUCCAGUACGCACAGACCAGCGACGGCCAGCAGAUACUGGUUCCCAGUAACCAGGUGGUGGUCCAAGCUGCUUCCGGAGACGUCCAGGCCUAUCAGAUCCGAGCAGCCCCCGCCAGCACCAUCGCCCCGGGGGUGGUCAUGGCCUCAUCCCCCGCCCUCCCCACCCAGGGUGCUACAGAGGAGGUCACUCGCAAACGGGAAGUCCGCCUCAUGAAGAACAGUCUGUUUUGGCUUUCUUUGAGAAAGACAUUUCUACAGCAGAAGUUUGCGCUCCACCAGAUGCUCAACUGAACUAACAUAAACAAAAUGGGUGCCAAUGGACUAAACCAUUUGGCCCAUUAGCAAGGGUUGUGUGAGACCUUAGAUAGUCUUUUUUGUAUACAAAAUGUAGUCAGUCAAUCAACCAAGAUAUUCAGCCAAUACACUAACUUUACAUUUCAUCUGACAUGCAUUAUGAAAUUUAAUUAGGAAAUGAAAAUAUCCAGGUGAAAUAAAAUAUAUUCCAGACUUUUCAAGGGCCCUCUCUCCCCUUGGGCCCUGGUAAUCAGUAUUGGUUUUACCCCCAGUCUGAAGCCCCUGCCAGAGACCUAAAUGUUUCCCAACGAUCCUCUCAUUGUGCCACUGUAAACUUGUUUGUCGACAAAAAAAUGACCACCAUGAUCAAAGUUAACAUUUCUCUGUGACAUUUUUCAGUGUUUUACAAUAAUGUUUUCUGAUGUCCGUUAAAUGGUGAUAAAAUAUGGAUUGCAACAAAUGUGAGAUUGCAGAGCGAUUUGAUUUAAUGUGUAGCAGAUUCUUUGUGAAAUCUACAAAAGAUAUAGGCUACAAUUACAUGAGUUAACACUAAUAACCACGAAAAUUCUGUGAAAAGAGCUCCCUUUUGUGGGGCCGUGUGUGGUUUUUGAGAAGAUGUAUGUACGUAUUUGUCCGUUUAUUUUUUUAAAUUACUGUACAUAGACUCUACAGCAUGUGUAGACCUCAUGUAUUUCUGGAUUUAUGGAAAAUGUUCUUAUGGCUUGUAUGAAACCAAUUUUGCAUAUUUGUAACAUGCAUCAAUGUACAAUAGAAGACAAUGUAUGUGUGUAUUCAUGUAAUCCACCAGGCCUACCAAUGUCAUGGCAGCUAAGUGUAAAAGAAAAGGCCUUUGUUGGAGAUGUUAUAUUUUGGAGUGCUGUAUUCUGUUUAGGAUCGACAGUGUUUGUAGAGAAAAGCGAGUCUGUUGAAAGCAGUCGGGGUCCACAACAUAUAUCAGUUUCAUAAUUAACAUAAAUCAGUUUCAUAAUUAACUGUUUUGUUAAUUUGAAAACUGCACAGCAGAAACUUCGUUGGCUUCUUCCACACGUUAUUAUCUUUAAAAAAUGUUUUUAUCUCAGCACAAACGGCUCCAUCAGUAACCGUUUUUAUAUCUUCCUAUUCAUCAAAUGAAAGCACUGAAGCCCUUUUUAUCUUUAUUUUAUUGUACUUUGACUGCAUUUACUUGACUAGUUAAAUUAUAUUUUAAUUUCAGAUGCAAGUAUUUGCUAAAUUUGGAAAGUAACCUGAACAACAAAACAAAAAAUACUUGACAUUUUUUUAGUAUAAGAUACUAUAUGUGAUUUUUUUAUAGAAACUCCAAAUUCAUUAUGUUUCCUUCCGCUCACUGUGGAUAUUUGAAACUUGGCAUACUCAUAGAGCUCUAGUUAUAUCCUGGUAGCUUCUAUUUCUGAGCUGCAUCAACGUUCAAUCUUAACCUCUGUAGUUUGACAUAAUCAACUUAACUCAAAGUCAACUUAAUAGCUUUUUCCAAAGCUUUCAAUUGCAUCUCUCAGCCGUUAUCAGCAGUUUGCUCAGUUACAUCAUUACGUGACCAAGUAUGAACUUCAGGCAUGCGAUCAAAUGUGGACGGAUCUGAGUGUGCGAUAAUAACCCGUCUUUGUUCAAAAAUGGUCUUUGGUUUGUUAUGUUGAUAGCUCCUAAAGCAAGUAAGUGGACCUUGAGUUGAGUUUCAAAACCUCAAUCUUAAACUGAGAGGAAAUUUUAGGGGCACUAAUGCUCACUCUAACAAUUAGAGUGUGUUCCUUUUAUGUGUUUUGUUUCUUUUAUAUUACUUUCUAAAAUUCAUGGUAGCUCUGCCAGUUUUAUUUUUCUAGUUUAAAACAUGUUGAUAUUGUACAGUAUGUAUUUGUAAUUUAUAGAUGAUUAAAGGGUUAAAUCAGCUAAAGAAAUCGCACAGCACCUCAUACUUGGAGUCAUUCAUAAGGCUUUGAAUGAAUCAUCUCGUAUUGACUCACAACACAUUAGCAUGUCCCGUAGCUGUAUGUGUUGUCCCUGGUUUGCUUUCCUAAUACCUGUCACGGUGUGGUUUAGAGAAAUCUGAAAAUGUUGAAGUAAUCAAACCCCCACUGACAAACCAGACUUUUGGCCUCACUGAUUGUAAAGCUUAUUUUAAACGAGAGGAAACUAAAUUUAAUAGAAUCACUAUUAAGAAACGACUGAUGAGUAAUCAGGGCCAGGGGUUUAGAUAUGUGUGUGGGGCUGGAUAGCACCAGGGAAGCACUCAAAACCUUUUUAAAACCGAUGCCAUUAUGUUACCUGAGUUACUGAGAUUAAAGCUUUUGUGUUGUGUAUCCUGAAGAAAAGAAAAAAUCCACCUCUCAUCCAGGGAUGGUGCUGAAAAGAACCUAGUAAUAAUAUUUUGUUGUUGUGUCCUUUCCAACCAAAAGUGUUUUCAUUUCUGUGCCAGAAUGGUAAAUACCCACCGGCCUCACUUGUGCAUGAAACAGAUUGAUAUCCAUGUGUGUAAAAGUAUAUAUAAAGAAUUUCUAGAACAGUAAUAAUAACAUGUUUUCUAACUUUUAAUGUUGACAGUUUAUAUAUUGCCACUUUUACAAGGUAUACAUUUAAAAUGCCAUGUAUUAUAUAGUAUCUUGUAAAGACAACGUCAUCCAAUGAUGAGUUAUAUGCAUUUUGUUUCAACAUUGUCACCUUAUAAAACUAUACCAGCCCAUAAUUGGAAAGUGCUGUUACUCUGACAUUACAUCACUCUUUUGUAAACACACGCUAUGUUGCAAUAAACUACUCUUGAAGAUUG